CCCAAUCGUCAUUCAAUUUUCACACAACACGCAAAGUGAGCCCACCACCACAAUCAAAUUAUACCCGUACAUUGCAAAUUCUAAUGGCGCUGCGACUAAAUCUGCCUCGCUAGCUCUUACCCACAUCCUCUCCUCACCCUUCCCUUUCGUCAUCACAGGUAAGAAAUCAUCCCACAGCUCACACCGCUUCAUAUCCCCUCCAGAAUCGCUGAUCCAACCCAAAUGCACUCCUCAAACACCGCGUACACCCAAAAAUUUCCUCACAUCAUAUUGAAUGUUUGUGACAUGCGCAAGUUACACGGUAUAUCCCCGUUUGCGCGCUACGAUACGCUACCGUACGCUACACCUAUCCUGGGAUCCAAUUCGCCAGUUUUCCGUAUUGGGAUAGCGUGUCGUUCAACCUUGUUCCCCCUAGAGAAAUCGCCUUGA